AUGGCUGCGCUGGUUCAAACGAUUCCCCAACACAGUAGCACGGUACCGGUGCUCCAGACGCGUCCUUCCUCCUCCUCGGGCACCUUCGUCUCCUCGUCGGCCCAGAAUUCAGGCUCUCACUACCAGAACAUGUCCUGGAGCUCAUUCAAUACCGGCAAUUCCGGGAGUUAUCGCGCAGGCCACCAGGUUGUGGCUCCCUAUGCCUACGCCCCCAAUCUGGCUCCUUCGGCCUCCUCCCCCACAACCCAGCAUCGCCAGUCGUGGUCACCCCAUCUUCGACCGGAGCAUCGUACCUUUUCCGCUCCUGCGAUUCACCAGGGUUCCUUGAAUCCAUCGUACACGGGCAACUCACGCGUCAACAAUUCUGCAGCUGGUUCUGUAUCGACUUCCUCUUCAUCAAACUCUUCUUUCCGUUCCCAUAUUUCCAAGGACGACAGUGCUCUUCCUUCCCGGAAAUUGAGAACUGAGCAACCGCUCCGCCCUCUAUCGACUGCCAACCUCCCUCCUCCCAACGUCAUGAAUAUCUCCUCCCCCGCUGGCUCCGCAAAGCCAUCUCCCAACCGUUAUCGUCGUGCGAAUCAACAACGGACAGAGAGUGCUCGGUCUCAAUCACCAGUCCCCGUGUCGACCCCUCCCGCCAUUGACGAGAAGACGACUGUCAGCCCGCCACCCGUUCUCCGGUCAAAUGGCCACAAUCGUGUUUCCAGCGUGGACGACUCGUCUCACCUGGAGAGGUCACAGCCGGAACUCGCCAAGCGAUACCGUCGCCGGAGUUUGGGAAAUAUGGACCCAGCUGCGUAUCCUAGCUUGGAUCUUCAAAUGCCCAUCUCCUCAUCUCCUCAGUCAGGUCCAUACGACUUUAUCGCAUUCGACACGAAUCAAAGGCCCCGCUCGGCUCACUCGCACCGGGAUAGCUCGGGGAGUGUCCACUCAGCACACUCGUCAACCUCUUCGAUACGAGAAGGGCCGUCUCACGAUGCAGGUUCCAUCACCAGUAAGACUGGCAGGCCGGAGGAGAAGCGCCCGAGUAAACCCUCGCCUCUCUCACAACCGUCCACUUCACCCGAGUCUCCAAAGACUGAACCGACAACCGCUCAGACUACCACGGCUUCGUCACCACCAACUGAGUCGCCGGCCGCCAAACGCCUAGCCGAGCUGAAGAAUGACCCAAAGCGCCCGGGGAAAUCACGUCUGCGACGCGCCUUCUCCUUCGGCAGUGCUUCGGAGCUGUUGAAGGCAUCCUCCGCACAGAAUGCUGCGAACAAGCGAGAGGCCGCGGCCGCCGAGCAGGCUCGCCGGGAAGCUCUUCGUGAGGAGUUGGGAGAAGAACAAGCCGCCAUUGCUGAACAACAAGAAGCCAGUGGUUUGGGUGAGAGUAUAUACUCUCAUCAGGGCAACUUCUUCCGUGGCUCCACCGAUGCUUUGUCCGUCUCAUCGACCGCUUCCUCGGCGUCAAUGAUGCUCCGGAAGAUGGGUAAGGGUAUGAAGCGAGGUGGCCGAUCCCUCGUCGGCCUGUUUCGUCCUAAGUCAAUUGCUAGCAUCAACUCAAUUGAAGGCGGAGUUGGAUCGCCGGAACAGCCUAUGGCUGCUCCUAAAAUCUCAGUGGUCAAUGUUGAGGGCGAACGAGCGGACCUGGAGAGCGUAACAGUGAAUCCCGAUCUGCAAGACGUGCCCCGUGGUGGCACAGUGUUCCCCAAGGCUGAAGGUGGCUCGGAGCCUCGUCGAUCUGCUUCUAUCCGUGAUCGCCCGCAACAACGCAGUGUCUCGGAUAACACCGGUGACACGCGCAAGAGCAUCCUUGGAGGUGAGCGUGAACGUGCAGAGGUCUUGGCGAACAUUCGCCAGACCAGGGGUAUCCUGAAGAAGACCAACUCGGACCUCGGUGUGUCAUCCCAGGCUCGUGCACAGAAUGGCAGUGACUCGCCACAUUCCAGUGCGCCAACGACCCCCGAUGAGGGAGCCCGGGCUGCUCGUCCGACCGACCAUGUCAAGAUUGCCGGUGAAGACUACUUCAUGUCGGAAGGUGGAAGGUUUUCGGGUGGUGACGCUAAGAGCGCUCCCAUCACCCCACAACCGGGUUCACGCAACAUCAUGUUCAGUCCUCGCAUUCAAUUCCACGACACCUGGCCUAGUGGCGAGUAUGAUCGUCGCGGAGACAUUGCUACUUGCAACCGUUUGACGCCGCUGCUCGCUCAACAGAUCCGAGAGGAGAUCAACAACUUCAAAAUGGAGAUGGAAGUUCAUGAGAACUCCAAGAUCUACACGCACUUCAUUUGA